AUGGCAUCUAUAAAUCUUGGAUCAUCAAAAUUUGGCGCAGUGUAUCGUCUUGAUUUUUACAAAAACAAGGAAAAAUGGAAAUUAUCUGACCAAAAGAGAACUGAAAGUAAUAAAAAAAAGACACUAAACAUAACAUUUGAUAUGGAACAAAGAGAGAAUUUAAAAGAUGCAUUUAUUGAGACUGGCUCUGAAUCGGAAAAGGCGUCUAAAACAGAUUCAUCCCCCCGGCCCCCGAACCUGUCCCAACAAUGGCUGGAGAAUGUCAAUAUUUGGCCCGCUGACACUCAAAAUACGCAGAAGGCGUUAUUAAUGGGACUGGCAGAGGACGUUGAUAUGAUAUAUGAUGGAAAAGGACAGAGCGAUGCUAAAUCACUGUUUACAUUGCAAGAAUUUAAGCCCACUACAAUGCCCGCAGCAUACCAAAAUCCAUGCGAAAUAGAAUACUGUGGUUUUGAUCAUGGUGAUAACUUGGAGUUUCGUUCGUUUGGUUAUAGGGUUGACUCUGGAGAUGCGUGCGAGUUACCUGUGCUGUCUCUGGAUGAACAUUUUUUUGAGGAACAGAAAUUGUCAAUUUCCGUGGACAGCUACAGUGCUUUCUGCCGCGGGGCCGAUCUCAAUCCCCACUGCUCGGAGUUGGAGUUGCCACUUAAUGACUCGAUGAAGGAACCAGAUGCAAAUACGAUUGCUCGCAUGUCGUCCACUGAACUGAACAACUCCAUACAAAUGCACGCCAGAACCCUGGCCUUAUUGCUGAGAGAAAAUAAUGAAAGACUGGUAGGUGUUAUGUCAUUAGUCAAUCAUAUUGAACAGGCUGGUGGUUGCUUCAUGCAGUGCAUUGAUGUUAUUGUUUCAUGA